UCAAGAGGCGCACAAGCGACUGCAGGUGCAAAGCUGGUUCUGGGGCUCGGCGGAUAAAACACUCAUCUCAUGAUGGCGUCUGCAAAUGCCACAUACGGACAGAAGGAGUCCUCGGACCAGAACUUUGAUUACAUGUUUAAAAUCCUCAUCAUUGGCAACAGCAGCGUAGGAAAGACGUCCUUCCUUUUCCGCUAUGCAGACGACUCAUUCACGCCAGCCUUUGUCAGCACAGUGGGCAUUGACUUCAAGGUGAAGACCAUCUACAGGAACGACAAGAGGAUAAAGCUGCAGAUAUGGGACACUGCUGGCCAGGAGCGCUACAGGACAAUCACCACAGCUUACUACAGGGGAGCCAUGGGCUUCAUCCUCAUGUAUGACAUGACCAACGAGGAGUCCUUCAACGCUGUUCAAGACUGGUCGACCCAGAUCAAGACAUACUCAUGGGACAAUGCCCAGGUCCUCUUGGUGGGAAACAAGUGUGAUAUGGAGGAUGAACGAGUGGUCGCCGCUGAGAGGGGCCGACAGCUGUCAGAACAGCUGGGUUUUGAGCACUUCGAAGCAAGUGCUAAAGAUAACAUCAAUGUGAAGCAGACCUUUGAGCGGCUGGUGGACAUCAUCUGUGAGAGGAUGUCAGACAGUCUGGACAACAACGACCCGACUGUUACUGGUACUAAACAGGGACCGCAGCUCAGCGAGCAGCCACAGAGGUCCCAUCAAGAUUGUGCUUGCUAAACACACACACACACACACACACACACACACACACACACACACACACACACACACACACACACACACACACACACACACACACACACACACACACUGUCUGCUGUCCUAAAAUCCACACAGCUUUUUAACGGUUUGUCUCUCACAUUCUUUUUCUGUUUCAUAUACACAGUUAAUUCACACAAACACUGCCAUACAGAAAAAACACAACCUGACUACUUAGACUCUCCACCCCUCUCUCUACACUAAGAGCAUUAUCCACAUGUGGUGGUGCUAACUUAGUUAGAGGGGUGAAGAACAAUUAACAGUGGUACAAUCCCAACAUGUCUUUUUUUUUCUUACUUGAACAUGUUUACACACACACACACACACACACACACACACACACACACACACACACACACACACACACACACACACACACACACACAAACCUUAUCAUAACAGACUUAUAAAAGGCCAGUGAAGGCUUAGACUCCAUCAUUCCUUGUUGACAUGUCUGCAAUUGGGUUUUACUAUAAAAGGCUGUGGAUCCUCCACUCAGCACUAGCGCCUCAAACCUAAAUGGAUACAAAUUUGUUUUACUUUCAGUCUCGUUGAAAUUUAUAGGUUUGUUACUGUGGAUAGCGUUGCUGUUUUUUUGUUCUUUUUUACAUUUUUGAGUUGGUUGGGUGUGGUUUUGAGCAUGUGAAAUCACCGGCCCUUGUCAGUGUUGUGAUCGAGUUUCUACAAAUAACUGCGGACCAAGUUUGAUGUCCGAACGGAGUCAUUUGAAAGUUAGUUUUUUCUUUUAAUUUUAGGAACGAAAGUAAGAAUAGCAAAGGUCAUGCAAAUAAUAAGUUAUUUUUAUUAUUAUCAAUGUUUAGCCUCUUUCCACGAUUGUUUUUAUUUUUAUUUCUUCUAGCGAAUUUGGAUGGCAGUGAGUCUUUUUUUAAAAUACUUUUUGUUACUAUUUUUUAAGACAUUCGACAGAAUAGAAAGAUAAGGGAUGUCUCUCACUGCAUUGAGAAAAGUGUAUAAAUGUUUAAAAGUCAAUAGAUAUGCAUAAAUAAUAUAUAUACAUAAAUAAGUAUAUUAUAAAAUAAUGAUCUGGAUAUUGGGUUCCUACCUGUGGUUUAGUGAGAGGUGCAUGAUUUUUUUAAAAGAUUAUUGUUGAUCGGAUGGUUUAUUUGUAUGAGCUGCUGUCUGAAUUUUAAACCCGUCUGUCCUAUAGUUUCAGUACUUGGAGGUACCAAAUGGGGUAAAGGUUUCACAUGUUAAGCCCACAACCCCUUCUCAUUGUAUUAACGUUCAAUCACUGCAUACAAUGUGCAACUUGCACCUAGAAAGGCAUGUGAUUCAGUGUGAGCACUGUUCUACCACUGACCUCUCCAUCAACUUCAGAUAGUCUCUUGUGUCAUGCUGGAUGAUAUUUUUAUCUCUACGUUAUGGGGGAACCUUAUGUUUUUAAGCAUGUUAAAUGUCAAAUUGUGAGUUCUCUCUAUGAUGCUACGGUUAGGGAUUUGUCUGCUCGUGUAAUACAGUACAAAACCUUAUGUAAGUCAUGCAAGGCAUGCGGAAAUAUUUUCAACAUUUAAGUUAUUUCAAAAUAAAGCUUAUUUAUUUUGUAUUAUUUAUAACUUCAUUUACUUUUAAGAUAAUGUUCUUCCUAACUUAUUCAUUGCAGUCUGCACUCUACUUUUUAAGGAGAUGUUCAAUAGUAUUCAAUUGCUUAAACUCUCCCAGCUUUAAAAUGAAAUGUAUUUGUGUUUACAGUGAGUAUAAAGCUUAAGAUGCUUCCUCAAGAGGAACAUUAAAGCUUUCCAGUUUAAGAAUCUCUUAUCAUAUCAGCGCAGCUUUGGUGGGAAGUUUGUUUGUCUUUUGAUAUCAGUUAUGCAACUUCCAAGACUUGUUGGAGUAAAAGCAGACUGUUCUCUCAGAGCAAUAGGAGUAAUUUCUCUCCACACCCAAAUACUCGCAGUGUUCUACCCUGCUGAAGGUUUGUAAUACACCUACUGUACUUGAGUACAGUUUGUGUAAAGGCAGUCAAGUAACAAUUGUUCUUUCCGAAGACAUCUUAACAUGUUUAGAGCCAAAAAGAGUGAUGUUAGACUUUUGUGAGACUUGCACUAACCUGUGUGUUAAUGUUUUCCUACUCUGCGCAGGAGCUUUAAAGAGAAACACUGUAUGGGAAGUAAAGUAAAUACUCUGAACGCUUCGAUAAAUCGCUGAUUCUUACUGCAGUGGUCCACUUUUGACGUUUGUUGAUUUUUUUUUUGUUACUUUAUUUAUUGUGUUUUGCUACAGCUGUAAACUUGCCAGUGACUUAGGAACACUUCUCGGUCCUGUUCAACUCUCCUCUUGUUCUUCCUCCCUACCGUAAAUAGCUCUUGUAAAUAGGAAUUUUCUGCCUGUCGGGUAUUAGUUGUGUGAAUUGUGCUGUAAUUCUGUAAUGCCAGAUUUGCUAAAAUGAGGAAUCA